GCCGGGAAGACGAAAUCACGGCGACCGUACGGUCCCUGGAGGCAGCGGAGUCUGUUCGUCGCUGUCUGCCGUCCGGUCCUCCGCGGGAGCCCUCGAGUCUCCAGUCCAACUGGGGCGAUGGGCCUGCUGGCGAGAGUGCGGGGCGUGGCCUUCGCGGGCGGCGGGGCGGCGCGUCCCUUCUCCCGCGCGGCGCGGCGUGGGCCGCGGCCUGGCGGGGAGGAGCUCGGCCGCCUGGCGCUGGAAGACGCCGGCGCGCCCGCCCCGCGCCGGGAGCUCCUGUGUGGGGUGUCCCCGUGUGUGCUGGCCCUGCGGGCCGCACGCCGCCGCGUGGCCCGGCUCCUGCUCCAGGCCGGCCGGGCCGGGCUUGAGGGGGAGCGAGCCGAGCUGCUCCGCCUGGCCGAGGCGCGGGACAUCCCGGUCCUGCGGCCCCCGCGACACAAGUUGGACGCCCUGUGCCGCUACCAGGUGCACCAGGGCGUGUGCAUGGAGGUGAGCCCCCUGCGGCCCCGGCCUUACGCGGAAGCCCGGGAGGCCGCCCCAGACCACCACCACCACCGGCCACUGUGGCUUGUCUUGGAGGGGCUCCAGGAUCCCCGGAACCUUGGGGCUGUGUUGCGUUCCGCUCACUUCCUCGGAGUGGACAAAGUCAUCACCAGUCGGAGAAACAGCUGCCCGCUCACUCCGGUAGUCAGCAAGGCCAGCGCGGGGGCUAUGGAGGUGAUGGACGUGUUCUCCACGGAUGACCUGCCCGGUGUGUUGCAGGCCAAAGCCCAGCAGGGCUGGCUUGUGGCUGGCACAGUGGGCUGCCUGGGGCCUAAGAUCCCUCACUCUUCUCAGAUACCCAUCAUGAACUGCUUGGAGUUUGUUUGGGACCGGCCUACUCUCCUCGUGCUGGGGAAUGAAGGCUCUGGUCUGACCCAGGAGGUGCUGGCCUCCUGCCAGCUUUUGCUCACCAUCCUGCCUGGGCGUCCACUGCCUCUCGGGCUUGAGUCCUUGAAUGUGUCUGUGGCUACAGGAAUUCUUCUUCACGCCAUCUGCAGCCAGAGGAAAGGUCUCCCUGUAGAGGAGGAGAGAGGGCAGCUUCUCCAGGACCCUCAAGAUCCUUCGGCUAUGUUUGAAAGAGUCACAGUGGCUCAGCACUCAGCAUUGUCUUCAGAGUCAGAAAAACAGAGCCCAAGUGGGGGCUGACUUGGCCUGUCUGAAUUGGUCCUGUGCUGGAGUUGGGAUGGGUUGCACGUACCUCCACGGGUUCCCAAGAUUCUGCCUGAGUGUAUGUCCAAGCCUUUGUUUUGAUGUUAAAGAUGUUAAUUUAAUUCCAGACUAGGAUGGGAUGGAGGGUUUCUGUUUUCCCAGACCCGGAUGGGAAAUCUAGGUAUCAGAAGGAAGCUGGACGGCCCAGACCAGAGGGCUGUGGAAAAUGAGGGCUUGUGGAUGUGGAAGAGGCCCAAAGACCUUCCUGUGGGGUCACAAGUGCACCCUCUCCCCCAGGCUUGUUGAGGAUCAAAUAAAACCACGUGGUGUUCAGCUGA